AAAAAAAAAAAAAAAAAAAAAAAAAAAACUCUGUAUCAAUAUAUUUUCUCUUACCGUAUUUCUCUCAGCGUAUCCCUCUCACUUGCAGUUGCCGGACUCAUCGCCAAGCAAGUUACUCUCCCUGUAGAGAAAGUACCAGGCCAUGAGUAGCUUUACUACCCUCAGUUCUUCUGGCUCUCUUCUUCUGCCUCCUCUCAACUCCACAUCUUCCACUAGGGCUAAUGUUACAGAGAAUAUUGCCAUUGAAGGUCGUAAUCUGAGCUUCUCAGUCAAGACGAAGCAAGGUAGAACCUUACCAAUUCUUGAAGAUUGCUCCCUUCGCAUUCCCUCGGGACAAUUUUGGAUGCUUCUUGGACCUAAUGGUUGUGGAAAAUCUACUCUCUUGAAGGUUUUGGCUGGUCUUUUGAAUCCAACGAAUGGAAAUGUGUUUGUAAAGCGGCCUAAGAGUUAUGUUUUUCAGAAUCCAGACCACCAGGUAGUGAUGCCUACAGUUGAAGCAGAUGUAGCAUUUGGCCUUGGUAAGUACAGCCUAACCCGUGAAGAAGUCAAAUUUAGGGUGUCUAAAGCUUUGGAUGCUGUAGGCAUGCUUAACUACCAGCAGAGGUCAACUCAAACGCUCAGUGGAGGUCAAAAGCAGAGGGUUGCCAUUGCUGGUGCUUUGGCUGAAGCAUGUAAAGUUCUAUUAUUAGAUGAAUUAACAACCUUUUUGGAUGAAAAGGAUCAGGUUGGGGUGAUCAAAGCAGUUAGAAGUUCUCUGGAUAGUUCUGAAGAAGUUACAGCAUUGUGGGUGACUCAUCGUCUAGAAGAACUCAAAUAUGCAGAUGGUGCUGUCUACAUGGAAGAUGGCCGAGUUGUCAUGCAUGGUGAUGCAACAAGAGUUAUGGAUUUCAUUAAAACCAGGCAAUCAUCUUAUAUCACGCAAAUCAAUUCUUGAAAAAUUAUUUCCCUCUUUUCACUUAUAAGCUCGUUUUCUUGUGUAACAUAAAAUUGUAUGUUUGUGAUAUACAUUAUCUUUGUUAUGUAUCUUCAUUGUGCAUAUAUGUGUGUCUGCUUUCCCUUCAUAUUUCCACAAUGUCUGGAGUUUGGAAUUCACCAAGGAAAUUAAAAGAGAAAGAAAUUAAAGUCUUUA